CAGUUCUCCGUCCAUCCUCAUUCUUGCAGCUUCGGGACAAUUCGACCGACUCGUGCUCUUCACCUUUCCCUUUUUCCUCUCUCUCUCUCUCUCUCUCUCUCUCUCUUUCUCUUUCUCCCCUUUCCCUUCCUCUCCUCCCUCUUUCCUGCGUCUCCUCAAAUUCCUCCCUCCCUCCCUCCCUCAGGAUGAAUCGUCUUGGCCGUUCAUCUCUGCCACUCCGGCCCAGAGUAUGUCUGCUCUGUCAAACCCGAACCACCAUACCCUCCAUUACCUCCACCCUUUCGCCCUUAACCGGAUGGCAGGCCAUCCGUGGUAUCGGACGGAGACCAGAACGACGCGGAAAGAAGAGUCGCCAUGCUCUGUCCUCGAACGUGUCUCGAACCUCACUAGCUCCUCGCGCGUCGCGGGAGAGAAAGGGACCCUGGGGCGGCACGAACAUCACCCAGGUGCCGGAGGAGCUUGCCUCCCGCUCCCGGACGAGGGACAGCCGGGGGGCCAGCCGGGGAGACAGAGACCCCAGGAAGGAUGGCGGUAAAGACAAGGGUAGCAAACCGGAGAGCCCUCUAUACAAGGCCUUGAAGAUGCAAACCGCAUUGGCGCCGGUGUCCUACGCCCAGCGCACCAAGGUCAAGGAGAGAAUCGCCGAAAUCACCAGCUUUGAUCAUUUCCCGCUCAUCUCGGUCGUCCACCACUCGAUCUCUUCCCAGGCGCUCCCCGGGCUGACGGAUCUCAUGCCCACCCCGAUCCAGCGGGUUGCGAUCCCCGAACUCCUCAAGGACCCGCUCCCGCCACUGGGCGCGCCGCCGAGCAGCGACCCCCAAUACGAACAGUACCUCCUGGCCGCGGAGACCGGUUCCGGCAAGACCCUGGCAUACCUGAUCCCGCUGCUGGACAACUUCAAGCGCCUGGAGGCGGCCGAGGCGGCCCACGAGAAGAAAGAGGAGGAGGCCAAGCAGCGCGAGAAGGAGCGGGAGCUGAAGACGAAGAACCGGGCGUUCGACAUCGCGCCCGAAGAGCCCCCGCUAUCCAACGCGGCCCGGCCGCGCAUGGUGAUCCUGGUGCCGACCUCCGAGCUGGCCUUCCAGGUGGGCGACAAGCUCAAGGCCUUCUCGCACACGGUCAAGUUCCGGUCCGCGGUGCUGGCCUCCAACCUGACGCCGCGGCGGAUCAAGAACGGCCUGUUCAAUGAGAAGGGGGUCGACAUCAUCGUGACGACGCCGCACCUGCUGGCCUCGAUCGCGGAGAAGGAGCCGUACGUGCUGAGCCGCGUCAACUACAUGGUGCUCGACGAGGCCGACAGUCUCCUGGACAAGUCCUUCUCGCCCAUCCUCAACGAGAUCAUCAGCAAGGCCACCCCCUCCCUCCACAAGCUCGUCCUCUGCUCUGCCACCAUCCCGCGCGGCAUGGACGCCACCCUGCGCAAGCGUUGGCCCGACAUCAAGCGCCUGACCACCCCGAGCCUGCACGCUAUCCCGCGCCGCGUCCAGCUGGGCGUGAUCGACGUCCAGAAACCCCCCUACAACGGCAACCGCUCGCUCGCCUGCGCCGACAUCAUCUGGUCCAUCGGCAAGGCCGGCGACUCCGGCGGCGACGACCUGGGGCCCGGCCAGGCCCGCUCGCAGGACAAGCGCAUCCUGGUGUUCGUCAACCGCCGCGAGGACGCCACCGAGGUCGCGCAGUUCCUGAAGAGCAAAGGCAUCGACGCCAAGGCCUUCACCCGCGACGUCACCGACCGCAAGGAGCGCGAGAUCCUGGCCCCCUUCACUGACUGGGCGCCGCCCAUGACCGCCGCCCAGGUCCUGGAGGCGAUGGAGACCGAGAAGAAGCGCCGCCGCGAGGACCGCUCCAUCCCCUUCGUGAACGCCGGCGGCGACCCGUACGCCGGCCAGCCGCCCGAGAAGCGCCUCGAGAACGUCCAGGUCCUGGUGUCGACGGACAUCGCCUCGCGCGGCGUCGACACCCUCGCCGUCAAGACCGUGGUGCUGUACGACGUCCCCCGCACCACCAUCGACUUCAUCCACCGGCUGGGCCGCCUCGGCCGCAUGGGCAAGCGCGGCCGCGCCGUCGUCCUGGUCGGCAAGAACGACCGCAAGGAUGUCGUCAAGGAGGUCCGCGAGGCCAUGUUCCGGGGCCAGGCCUUGAUCUAGGCCGCCUGCAUUUUCCCUCACCCGCCCCCCCCCCCAAAAAAACCUGC